AUGUACAGGCCCGACGUGCAUCGAAGAACCAGUAGUGGCUCUACCGUGAAGGCUGCUCUUGGAGCCAGGGCAGGGUUGGGUGAUGGGCCACCUUCUCUGCCGGCCGUCCAGCCAGUCCGAGCGACUCUCUGGGUUCAUGACGAUGGCUUUUCCUCUGAAGAGGUCCUCAUCAACGAGUCUAUCCUGGAGGGCUCGGCGAUAAGCGAAGGCGGCCUGAUUGAGAUAUUUCCCGCAAGGGAAACAUCCGACGUCCGUGAUUUUCAGUCUCCGAGUGGCGAAAAUGAGGAUAUCAGGCGCACUCCAGGCGACAAUGAACAUUCCCUUGAUCGAGGCACCCGGUACCUCUGCAUUGCCAAGUUUGCGUCAGCGGAGUUCAAAGCACGGCAGGCCAAUCUCCAGGUCUCGAUCAAGAGCAACAUUGCCCAGCUCUUUGGUCUUCGAUCACGCUCAUACGUCUGGAUCCUCCCCACCUCUUUUGAAGACUGUACGGCGUCCCACGUCGAAUUCAGCUUCAGGGAUGUAUAUCUGGCCAGAUCCGAUAUGUGGCGGCUGGUUGGCCAAGAGCUGGUGGGGAGGACCGUUUUUGUAGGUCAAAAGAUCGCCUAUCUCGGAAGUGUCAAACUCACGGUCAAAUCCAUUCACGUUCACGGCCACAAGGUGCCCACCGCAUACUUUGCGGGGACCACAAUUCCCAUCUUUCGGAGUGAAGCCGCUCGCUACGUCCUCUUCAUCCAAAUGUCCAGUGAGAUGUGGGACUUCGACUCAGAGGGCAAUGGUGAAAUCAUGUUCAAUCGAGUCAUCAAUGGUUUCCUCCCCGAACUUUUUAAACGGUGGCACGGUCUGGACGUUCGACAUUUGGUCAGCAUCGUUCUCUUCGGCCGGCUUGAGUAUGACCGUUUUGAUCUUGCCCGGAAUAAGGAUCGAAGACUUGAGACGGCGCCGGCUUCAGGAACGCCUAAUAUGACAGCUCGCCAAUAUCAAGACUUUUAUAGGGUGGUCGUUACAGACAUGGCCAGCGCUCAGUGGACGACGAUCUUGGACGAACUCAAGAAGGAUUUUCGUGUUUUCCUGAGAGACAUUUCUCUGCACACUUCUAGCAAGAAUGAAGUCUCACUGGAGGAUGCAAAGCCUACCACCACACGUAUAGCCGGCCGGCCUAGCACGGCUUUAAAGGGGAAUAUCCUAGAGGCGAUAAACAUUGCCGCCACUCAAUUUUCCAACGACAACAUCGACCGAGACUUGAUACGAACUGGUGUGUCAAUCGUGGUCGUUACUGCAGGAACAGGGAUCUUCGAAGUCAACCGCGACCUUCUCAAUGUGACGUCGCAGAAUUUGACCAACAACGGCGUCGGAAUCGACAUUGUCUGCCUGUCAAAAAUGCCGCUACAUUCUGUACCGCUGUUCAAAUAUCGAGUUACGGGCACGGAAGACCCUCCCAUCCACGACUUUUCAAGCGAGCUCGCGGGGAGUCCUCGAAGAUCUGGGUCGGGUCCAAGCUUUUUCGACUCAAGUCAACCUAGGAAGCUCUCUCCUGCCCUGUCUUCCAUCACAACAAAUAGCACGCGGUUUCUGGCCAGCUAUGUGUCGGGGCAGAAUCGCGAAAACACAUCUGGCUGGUGUUUCGGGAUCCCACAAUGGAUCGAUCUGUCAUACUGGUCCGCUGAAUCUGAGCCUGGAGCGAUCGAGCUGGCGCAACGUGGCCAGAUGGACGGAAUUAAGCGUGAAAGCCGGAGGAAAGGGCCCUUUGUACCUCGGGUGAGGAUGUAUGAAAUUCAGAUGAUGGGGCUGAUGGAAUUGGGCAUGGCGGAUAUGAGCAUCCCUUACAUCAGCGAGACGCAAAACCCGGCGUUUGGUCAACUCGGUCGUGUCAGGUCCAAGAGAAGGCGCGCGAGCGGCAUCAGAAGUCUUUCUCAAUCCCCAACCAUAUCACGCAAAGGCCGGCUGAGUGCUGAACCUAUUCGCCCGUCACAAGGCCUGCUGUCAACACAUGCAAGGGCUCUAGGCGACAUCUUUAAUCGUAUGGACGGGUACGAUGCAGGGCUGUUCCAAACGCAAAUGAGCUUUCAAGUUCUAGCACGAAGAUCAACACGGGCGUCAACUCCCCCAAGAAGAAGCGAGGCCGCAACGCUGCAUCUGCUCACAAAGGUUCAGACUCCGGUUGACGAGCCUAAAUCCGAGUCCAAGUUGACGAAAAUCCUCACGAACAAGUCUCUCAACUCACCUUUCCGACCACACCUCCCGUCUUUGGUGUCUUCAGACGGCUCGAGCCCGAUUACUCCAAGCAAGAAAACGCCCGAAGUGACCAAGGUCAACCGAAACCUGAGUUAUUCUCUCCGGGGUCUGGCUCCUCCCGUCAGGGCUGUUGCUAGUACCGAAGUGAACAUCACCAAUAUCCAGGCACAGCCGCUUCUCAGCAAUCCGGGCCAUUCACGGCCAACCGUGGCAACCUCGGCUGCUAGUAUUCGAUCAGUCUCUACAAACAGUAUGGUUGGCGAUAAGGCUACCCCUGUACGCCCUGCCAUUGCAGAGCAGUCGAUGCAAAGAGCCCUGGUCCGACCGACCGAGACCCCAUCCAAACCAAUUUCCAUCAAUACCCCUUUCCGAAAAUAUCUUGAUGGAGGCCUUGGUGCUUCACACCUCUCAGACUCAACUUCGCGGAAGUUUCGAGAUGACAUGGGAGGCGCGGAAGUGGACUCUCAAGCAGACGAUGGGGUAGACAGCAGCUCGUCGAUAUCCUCUGAUGUUGAGGACCAACACGAUGAUGGCAGCAUUGGCCGUGCCGGAAGCUGGCUGGGAACAUCGGUCGCCAGCUCAGUCCCGAAAAGCAAUCUCCCUUUUGUGCGGAAUGUGAACGCCUCGAAUCCGUUGAAACGAGAUCCAAAUAGGGACUCAUUCUUUGGUCGAUGGCAACACCUCUACCCCCGGAAACCACGCGCCGCCACGGUCAAAUGGCGGUCGCUGUGUACUCCUGCUUCAGUUCCACUCACCACCGAGGACUUCCCCUCGAGGCAAGAACUCGAGACGGACUACGAUGUGGUGAGUUAUGACUUGAGAUUAGAGAAUACGAAUCAGAUGUUGGAGGUUCCUGCGUCGCGCGACACAUUACUCCAAGAGAUGAUGGCCCUGAGAUUCUCCCAUGGAUAUCAACUGAUAGUCGGCAACUCUCUAAUCGAGUCGGUUGGCCCUGGGAUGUGCGACAGCUCCUCAUUCUUCACAUCUGGCAUCGUGCGACCCGACGGCUCCUUCAUCUUCAUGUCAAUGGGAAAUACCGUCCAGAAAAUAUCUCUGCACGACGCAGACCGCAUUCAGGUGUCGAAGUAUGUGCGUAGAACUCCCAGCGUCCAACCUCCUUAUCCUCAGCAAAUAAAGUACUACCCAAACAUCAGGACGAUUUUGUCGGAGACAUACAAGCUCCGAGACAUGGAGUUCAAUGGGUUUUCCGAACAAUACCCCUGGGAGGCGGCAGAUAAAUACCUGGCGGAUUUCAACAAGCAGACGGAUGCCGAUACGGAAGCCCUUCGGUUUUGGCGUGCUCGCUUUGUCCUCAUCCCAGUAGAACCUCCGGCCAAUGCACGGAGACCAGCACCAUCAGACAGCGAAGAAAACGAAGAGGAAAUCCAUCUGCGAGGGAUCCGAGCCCUGACUCAGAUGUGGCAAAAGGCUCGCUACUUUCCGCCGGACGAGAGAAGGCCCCCUCACAAUCGCCUUGGCACCGUCAAAAGGAAGGAUCGGAAUCCACUGCGCAUCAAUCUCGAGACCCUCAAUCCCUCUGAACUGGUGGCGACCGAGCUCGAUAAGCUCCUCGCCGCGGAAGAGGCUGGUGAGCUACAGACGACUCAGCUUCUCCCUGAAGAGGAUCAGUUCGACAGGGAGUCGUUCAACCUGGCCAAGCUCGCACAAACCAUACAGGGCGACAAAGGCAUUGAGAUCAAGAACAGGCGAUGGCAUCUGCGGCUUCAUUACAGUUGCUUCCUGGGCGAAGACUUGACCAACUGGCUGGUCCACAACUUCAGGGACAUUGACACCCGCGAGGAGGCGGUGGAAUUCGGCAACGAUCUGAUGAAGGAGGGACUCUUUGAACACGUCAACAGCCGUCACAAAUUCAAAGACGGCAACUUCUUCUACUCGAUCAGACCGGAAUGGCGUGUGCAGCGACAAGAAGUCAAACCGUCCUGGUUUCCUGGAAGUCGACGCUCAGAACGAUCAGUUCCGCCGACUCCCAUUUCGGAGAAUGCGGGACGAGAGUUGGCGGCUGGCCGGUCGCGCUCAGGAUCCAGUCUGGCAACCCAAGCCCAAGUCAGCUCUGAGCUGGGAAAAUCGCUAGGCGAAAAAAAGAGAAGAACAGUGACGUUGAGCAAAAUGAUUCGAAUCGACGUCGAUCACCGGAAGCGGUCCAACCGGCCGGAAAUCAUCAACCUGCAUUACGACCGAUUACACAAUCCGGAGAAUUGCUACCACCUGGAGCUGUCAUGGCUGAAUGUGACCUCGAAGCUUGUUGACGAUGCAAUCGUGAGCUGGACCACGCAGGCCGAGAAGUAUGGGUUGAAACUGGUCGAAGUGCCGAUUGCAGAGGCGGCCAAAGUGCCCGAGCAUGAACCUUUCCGCACUCCAUAUCGUGUCAAGCUUGCCAUCGAACCUCCGCGCCGCAACUCCGUCUCCAAUACGUAUUUCACCGCCACCUCGUUCGGACCACAGCUUCCCUUGAAUUCGGACAACUACCUGUACCAGAAAGCGGUGUUGAAGCGGUUCAACUUCGUGCUUGACCUCGAAGCGGUCUCCGAGUUCCCGGAAAACGUCGAGAUCCAGUACUCGUGGGGGAAGUUGGACUACCGAUACACCCAGUUUGUGCACCGGUCAGGGGUGUUGCUCGCGCAGAUCACAGAUGAAGGCGACCUCUUGCUCCUUGCCAACCGAAUGUACAAUUCGCGACAGGCGCUGAAUCGAGAGGCCGUGGCCGCCAAAUUCGACAGCAGCGGAAAGAAAGAUGCAGCGCUGAAUGUGUUUGGCUCGACGUUGCUCCGCCCUCCAACCCUGGCGGCUACGCGCGACUCGUACUCGGCACCGUCUAUGCAAGCAUCCGGCAUCAUCGGGCUGAACGUUCAGUCUCCGAGAUUGGGGCCGUUUGCAUCCCCGCUUAUCCGGCCUGUGUCAGUGGCCACCACGGCCACCACGACCAGCGCGGGCACGAACAACACUACGACCAACAGCUCCUCGAGUGCCGGCCUUGGCUCCAGCUCCAUGUCCACGUCCACGGUGGCGGUGACGGCGGACGUUUUCGGCGGUGGUCGCCGCAGCCUGGUCCGCUCCGGCAUCUCCCACUAUGUGACGCCGGAGCAGAUCAAGGAUGACAUCGAGGCGUUCUGUCGAGACCGAGACCGUCUCGAGGCGUUUUUCCGCGAAGUCACGGCCACGCUGCCCGCGCAGCAAGCGGCCAUCCGAGAGCGCGAGCGCCGAGCAGCCAGCGGCGGCACCAGUUCGAGUCUGCUGCGGCCGAUCCGCGAGCCGGAGUCUGAGGGCGGCAUCCCGGAGUUCAACUUGCCCGAGGCUGUCAGUUCGGGUCUGAAGAAGGGGGGGUAG